AUGUCCGUGGCAGUGGACUACGUGUUGAUGUGUCUGCUGCUGCACAGCCUGGCGCUCCUGACCUUGUGCCUCCAGCACUCUGCCAGCGCCUGCUCCAAACAUUGCUACUGCUCCGAGAGCGACAGCGGCGGCAAGACACUACGCUGCAGCAACCAGCGCCUGACCGAGAUCCCGCGGGACAUCCCCAACGACACCCGCAGGGUCUACCUGGACUUCAAUCUCCUAACUUCUGUCCCAGCCGACGCCUUUGCUGGUCUGUCGCACCUAGUGGAACUGGACCUCUCGCAUAACGACAUUAGCCAGCUACAGCCGGGUGCGUUCCGAGGCUUGAGUUCCUCGCUGCGGUUCCUGGAUCUUUCCGCUAACAAGCUUGUCCACUUCAACGCCGACUCCUUCGAGGGCCUCCGGGCUCGCGCCAACUUGACCGACAAUCCCUGGCAUUGUGACUGCAACCUGCAGAUGGCCAUGCCACGUGUGGACCUGGAGCCCGUGUCGCUGACCGGCAUUGUUUGUCAGACUUCCGAACCGGAAGAAACAGCUGUACGGGGACUGGCCUUCCUCUUGGAGCCGGACGUGGACUUGUGCGUGGUCAUGAAAAGGACUACAGACGUGGCCAUGCUGGUGGUCAUGUUUGGCUGGUUCACCAUGGUCAUCUCUUAUCUUGUCUACUACGUAAGGGCCAACCAGGAGGACGCCCGUAGACAUUUGGAGUAUCUCAAAUCCUUGCCCAGCAGGCAAGCUAAGUCGGAGGAGUCUUCCACCAUCAGUACUGUUGUUUAG